CACGUUUAUAGCCUGUUUUUAUAGGUGUCAAGUCAAACUGGAAGAAGCAUUUACAUAGGUGCUCAGCUGGGGCGGAACCAAUCUGCGGCUGCAGGUUGGUUACCGGCAGCAUAAAAUGGGACACACGCAGCACUGAGAGGGAAGGAGAAUGAAUGACCUCGCUCAAACAAAGUGGCUGUGAGCACAAGGAUUUGCGGCAAACUGACUGUGCAGGACCUGCUUCAUCUACGGAAAUCCGGGUGGCGGCCGGUUUUUCACCUAAACCUAUCAACCAACCCUAUUGACUAAACCUUUCAACCAAACCUGUCACCAAAGUUGCCAUCGUUGUAUUCUAUGACCUUGGAACUAUUGCAAAAUAAAAGAGGAGGAAAAGAAAGCAACUGUCUGAUUCAUGAGUGGAGCCCAGCUCAUAACCCGAGUAGAUGAACAUCCUUUUUCAAGUGGGGAAACUGCACACUUACCCUCAGGAAAUCAUCAAUGAUAGUCACGUGUCAUUGAAAUUGGGGGAACACUUGACAGUGAAAAACCGCUGCAGUAGCGCAGUACUGAAGAUCCAGGAAGCGAGAACUGAGGUCCAACCUGGAAUCCUGAAAAGGAUAACCUAAAGCGUAUUAAGGUGCCUUUUAUGACUUCAUUGGAGAAAAAAAAAAAAUCUGAACUGGAAAUAAGCAUGGCUGGUCAAGAACUCAAAUCAAUUGAGCAGCUCAAGGUGGAGAGGACUACAGCAAAAAGACUGUUUUCUCGUGUUAACAGCAUUACAAGGACCUACAGAGACAUGUCUGAAGAGGAGCUCAGAGACAGUUUCAAUAAACUCACAAUAGAGGCAGAGAAAGUCAUGGAAUCCAAUGAUGAUGUGGAGGCCGGGCUUAUCGCAGAGCUAGAGGCGGCAUCUGACACAAGUGGAGGAGCUGUAUUAACUGAGCAGCAGAGAGCCGACAUAGAAAAGACUGUGAAAGAAUGUGAGAUGAAACUCAAGGAGGUCAAAGCGCUCAUCCAGGAGACUUUGUGGGCUAACUUUGGGAAUGCUGAACUACCCACUGCGAUACAGGCAGCUGAGGCUGCGUGUCAUCUCGCUGCUGCGACAUGACCUGAUGGGAAUGAGGAAGCAUAUGAUUUUAGACUCACUCACCUGCAGGAGCUAGUGAAGACUGCAAAGGAUGUCUAUAGCCGGUGGAAACGUUGGGUUCCCCCAGACGAGCAGCAGGCUUUCCAGAGUUGCUUAAGGGAGCUGGAACUCUCUGUCCCAAAAUUAGUGUCCAGAAAGGCCGAUUUCAUCCAUGCAAGGGUUAAAGACGAGGCUGAACGACAGACCCAGAGCAGCAGUGCUUUCAGUUAUCCAGUGCCAACCAUCCGGUUAAGACCUGUGGCCCUUCCCAGGUUUGCAGGGAACCGGCGCGAUUUCCAUAAGUGGAGAAGGGACUGGGAAGCACUGCAGAACCAAGGUGAACCCACUGGCUCAAAAGAAGUGAAAAAGUUCCAAUUACUGGACAGUAUUGAGGAUAAGAUCAUAAGAGACCUUCGGCUCACAUCCUACAGCACAGCUGAUGACAUCUUUCGUGUCCUGGAGAAUCGCUUUGGCAACCAAACAUCAAUUGCUAUUGAAGUUGUGGAAGACCUACAGAAGAUGCCAGCUGUGAAAGGUCAUCAGCCACGGAAAAUAGUGGAAUUAAUUCAAGCUGUGGAAAAGGCACUUCAGGAUCUGAGUGACCUAGGAGAAACAGGUGCCAUUAAAAACCCACUGGUGACAAAAUCCAUUGAAAGCAAACUUCCAGAACACCUCAAGAAGGAAUGGCUGGUUUAUGCUGCUGACAGGAGGAAUGCUGUGACACCAGAGAAGCGCUUCGAUAGUCUCUUAACAUUCCUCAAAGAACAGGAAAGCAUAUAUGAGCAACUCGAGCAGCUGAGGGAGGAAGAACCAGGUAAAAAAGAAACUAGGAUUGAACCAAGACAUGCCAGAACCAGAUCUACAAAAGCAGACAACGACCAUCUAGUUUGUGUAGUCUGUGGUGAUGGAAAGCACAAAAGAAGGCUCUACUUUUGCAAACAGUUUCGAGCACUAAAGCUAAUGGAUAAAAAAGCUGCAGUAAGGAGGCUGGGAGCAUGCAAAAAAUGUCUCGAGGUUCAUGAUGACAGUUCAUUCUGCAAGCCUACUUACCUGUGUAGAAACCCCGACUGCAAGAAUGAACAUGUUCCAGAGCAUCACUACUACCUGUGUCCUAAUGCUGAGACAAAGAAAAGGGGUACAUGCCAUAAAAAGAGCAGCUUCGGUUCAGAUGAAGACAAAGGCCGGAGAAAGUACACAGAGGAUCAAGAGGAGUUCUUAAGAAAACUCUCACCAGAGCUGGUAGAACAGUGCCGAGAAGUGUUCUCUAAUACUGCAUCUAGAGCUUUCAACACAGUAAAAAAUCGACCAAGCUUACUCAUGGAUAGUGGAAUGCAGGAGCUUCCAGUAAUCAUGAUGCUUCUAGAGGUCACUGCAAAUGCUGGACAGAAAAUUGGGACAUUAAUUGACUUGGCUUCUGACACCAAUUACAUAACCCAUAAGGCUGCAAGCGGGUUGAACCUCAGAAGUGAAGAAAUCACCCUUAUCGUUCAUGGAGUUGGAGGGAUGAAGGUUCACGUAGAGACGAAGCGGUACCUUCUAAAGAUUCGAGUUAAAACUGCCAAAGGCACUCUGAAGUCUCAUCAGUUGGUUUGUUAUGGACUGGACAACAUUGCAGAUGUUCACAGGCAUGUGACACCAAAACAGCUGCAGAGGUUCUUUCCAGAUGUACCUCUUGAGGAACUGGUGAGGCCUAAAGAAAUACAGCUACUCAUCAGCCACAGGGAAGGCCAGCUAGCACCUCAGAGAAUAAAAGCUGUUGGAGAUCUCGUGUUGUGGGACGGACCACUUGGCAAGACAGUUGGAGGUUCUCAUCCUGAGCUCUUUGAGGGACUUAUCUUGUCAGCCCGUCUUUCCAAUACACACUUUGCAAGAUCCAUGAGGACAGCUGCUGCAAAAUAUGAGGAAGUCAUUACCACUGUCCAAGGUCAGCUUUCACCCAGCAAACAAGCUGCUGUAAAGUUCCAUGAGUCAAGUACAUCGGCCACCAAGCGGGGCGACUUCUUGGAAUGGUGGAGGUGGGAUAGUAUUGGAGCAGCAUGUGAACCUAAAUGUGGAGGCUGUCGCUGUGGAAACUGCCAGCCAGGUGGCAAAGAAAUGUCUCUUGCUGAGGAGAGAGAGCUUGAGAUAAUAAGACAAGGCCUCACAUAUGUCAUAGAGGACAGCCACAGCAAAGAACCACAUUGGCACACAAAGUAUCCCUGGUUAGAGGAUCCAGGAUCCCUGCCAAAUAACAGAACAGCAGUGGAAGCUACAUUUCUCAGGACAGAGAGGCAGCUAUCCAAAGAACCUGAAUGGAAGGGAGCCUACGCCGCACAAGUGCACGACAUGGUGAAUAGAAAAGCUGCGGUUAAACUGUCCAGAGGGAGGAUUAUCGAUUGGAAUGGACCAGUUUGGUACGUGAGCCACCUAAUUGCUCCUAACCCUCACUCUGUUACUACCCCAGUGAGACUUGUAUGGAACAGCAGUCAAAAGUUCAGAGGUAUAAGCAUGAACGAUCUACUGAUGAAAAGUCCAGAUGUCCUCAAUCAGAUUCGAGCAGUCCUCCUUAGAUUCAGAAGCGGAGUUUACGCUGCUCUAGGAGAUAUAAAGAAAAUGUACAACAGUCUGGUUGGAGGAACGAGAAGUACAUCUACACAGAUUUCUUUGGCGAGACUCAGAAGAGGAAGAGCUUGGGGAAUAUGCCAUCACGAGAGUAAACAUUGGAGAUAA